CCCUAGAUAUGAUUAUUGAUCAUAAUACGCAUGCGCAAAAAAGCGGCCCUAAUAGCAACAUUGUUGCCGGUUGACGAUUCUACUAUUGCCAAUCACAUUGAUCAUAACUAGGACUUGCUACAUUGUGAUUGGCUGAAAUAGAAUCGUCAACCGGCAACCGUAGCCGCACAACCGCUCUGAUAUGGCCUUUAGACCCGGUUGCACCAAUAUUAUUUGGGCUUUAAACGAGACUUAAUUUACUUAAUAUACGUGAUACAUAUUAUAUAUUAAAUACCACUUAAAAUUCAAAAUAACGUUGGUGCAAUCGAGCCUUAGAGGCUUCUCUGUAGUUUCGGUCGAAAAAGGCCAGGAUCCCCGCUCUCUCAGGUUUCUCUUUUCUGAUAUAAUAACAUGAAAUAUUAGCCUUAUACUAUGGAGUCUACCGAUAAAAAAAACAUUCGUACGGAGGAAAAUAUUCGCGAGAUUUUGGAUUUAGCCACAAUUAAAGAAUCCAAUUUGAAUGCAAUGACACAAUGCUUAUAUCCCAUGCGAUGUCAUCAGGCUGAUGAUUUGAUAUUAUUAGAGAUAGACGAGCAUAUAUUCGGAGCAUUAAGCAAGGAAGAUACAAUAUCAUUUCGUGGUAACAAGCAUAACAAUGCUAUGCUAUGCACACAAACUCGGACCUAUGAAAUUAAAGAGGCAGAGAUAUCCAAUUCAUGGUUGUUGAUUCCAAAUUUGAAAUUUGGAAAGACAACAAGUACUGAAGAAGUAUCUGAGAGAGUUAUAGAGAGAUGUAAUAUAAAGAAGAUAUUUAAUUCAUACUAUGAGGUGAAAGAAAUCAAACCUGAUCUGACAAAUUUGUCCACUCUGCUUAGCUUAUCGUCUUACAAUGGAUUAGAAUAUGAAUCGACAAUAGAUACGAAGACAUUAUACAAUUGGGAAAGAUUACAAAAUGAAUUCCAAGCAAGUAAUUAUGAAUUACAACAAGCCCUAGAGAAUUUCUUGAUAACUAAUAUAGAUGGUUACUUGCGUCUAAUAUCAUUUGAUGUCGAAGCAAGAAGUCUGAAUUUGAUGUUGGAUUAUUUUGGAGAACAAUCCUGGGAACUUGAUGAGGUAAAUAAAGAGGAUACGUACAAAUGUUUACAACAACUUAUUCAUGAGCCAGUGUUUGAUGCUAUAUUCACAAAAUAUACAGCCAAAAGCACGAAGACAAAGAAUAAUGGUAGUCCAUUGUAUAUAUACGAUGAAGAAAAGUGUUGUUCAACAUUAGCAAAGAUUCUUCUCUCUGCCUCUCCUGUCACUGAAUACAAAGAAUUCAUGGAAGCAUGGAAUAUUGGAACUCCCGAAAAAAUGCAUCCGAAAAUAGAAUAUUUAUGUGGAUUAGCCCUUGUUAUAUAUAAUACUUCAAAAAUGCAGAAGGAAAUUGUAUCUUGUCCAGAGACAGAUUUACCUAACAAUAUCCAUGAUAGACUUAAUGAACUUUUUAAAAUCAAAGCUAAAUGGACUGCCGAAGAGAUAACACCUUAUAUUAAGCAUUUCACAAAAGGUGCAAUGAAUGUUAAUGCACUUUUAACAAAGUAUGCCAGAUAUUCCACAAAAAACGGAAUAAAGUAUUACGGAUCAAAAUAUGACAAGUGAUAUAAUGACUAUAUUUGUGGUAUACAUUCAAUUACAGUAAAUACUGACAUAAGUGUUACAGAAGAAUAUUUCAGAAUAAUAUAUAUAAUGUUAAAAUUA